AUGAAGCCGAUUCUACUGUUUGCUAUUGCGGUGACCUUCGUUGGUCUAACUCAAGCGCAGGAGCGUAUGGCGGGUGCCACUAACACAACGAUUGACAAGUACCCGUUCCUCGCCGCCAUAUCUUACGCCAACUCCGGUCUGGUAGGUUGUGGAGCCAUACUUACGGAUCGGUGGAUUUUAACUGCAGCCAGCGUUAUCAUCGCGGAACCUGCCAACUUCUACCUAGUGCGGGUUGGCACCAGCAAUUUCAGGAAGGGCGCUACACGAUACCGCGUCAUAAGUAAAAUCAGCAGUUUCAAUUACAACGGGUACGACUCUAACCUUGGAAUGGUCAAGUUAGUGCAGCCAUUGCGUUUCGGUCGCACUAUACAGCCGAUUCCGAUCGCCACGUGUUGGCCCGACACGGUUCAGGUGACAAUGGUGUCCUUCGGACAGAAUGAAGGGAACCUAAAAGGUGGGCCACUGCAACGAGCAGAUCUGGAACUCACCAUCAAGCCCGACUGCUACAAGAAGCUUACCAACAAACAGGCACAGGAGGCCGUUAAAUCUGGAUACAGUUACUGUGUACGAUCGGCGGAUCGCAGGCCCAAGGGACAUUACCUGACAGAUGCUGGCGCUCCGGCAGUUGUGCACAAUCGUCUCUACGGCAUUUUCUCGUACACGGAAAACAAGGGUGGCAUCGCAAAAGCAUCCGUGGCCACACGUGUUCCCGAUUUCCAGACCUUUAUCCAGGGAACUAUCGACAUGGACCCGUGA